GGCCUUUCUCCCCUUAGGAGCAGAGAGUUGAACUGCGAGAAAGAACCCCAGAAUCCCCAGCGAAAAUGCGUGGGGGCCCCUGUGGAAGGAGUCAACUUUCAGGCUGUUAAAGACCUCAAGUCAUUAGCAUCAGCUGCGGCCCUAGAGGGGCCAUCCAGCGCCUCUAAGUGGCUUAGCGCACAAAAAAGCUCCCCAGACGGCCGCGGCCACUCCGCCCGCUCUGCCACCACCUUCCGCCACCGGCUGGACGGGAACAUCGCUCUGGCGCACAUCUCGCUCUCUUCCCUCUCUUUAGGCAGAGCCUACUAGACAGCAAUACUAACACCUCCUGACAUGGAAAUACACUGAUACAAUAGGCGAAAGAAACACUCCGUAGCAUCUCCGGGUUCCAGGUGGCGUUUUUUGGCCGUUGCAUCCCGACCCGAUUACUGGGAUGGAGGAUUCAGGCAUCCAGCGAGGCAUCUGGGAUGGAGAUGCCAAGGCCGUCCAACAGUGUCUGACAGACAUUUUCACCAGCGUGUACACCACCUGCGACAUUCCUGAGAAUGCCAUAUUCGGGCCCUGCGUCCUGAGCCAUACCUCCCUGUACGACAGCAUAGCUUUCAUAGCUCUCAAGUCCACCGACAAAAGAACAGUUCCUUAUAUCUUCCGGGUGGACACCUCAGCUGCAAAUGGUUCCUCGGAAGGUCUCAUGUGGCUGCGUCUGGUGCAGUCAGCCAGAGAGAAAGAGGAGCAGAACCUGGAAGCCUAUAUAAAAAACGGACAGCUGUUCUACCGCUCUCUCCGCAGGAUUGCCAAAGACGAGGAGUUGCUAGUUUGGUACGGGAAAGAACUGACUGAGUUACUCUUGCUCUGCCCCUCUAGACCCCACAGCAAAAUGAAUGCAGGGUCGUCCCCUUACACAUGCCUGGACUGCAGCCAACGUUUCCAGUUUGAAUUUCCCUUUGUGGCGCACCUGCGCUUCCGCUGCCCCAAGAGAGUUCACAGCGCGGAGAGGAGCCCCCCAGACGAGCAAGGCGGCGGCGUGGGCACCAAGGACCACGGGGGCGGCGGCGGCAAGGACCAGCAGCGGCAGCCGCCGGAGGCGCCCCUGGGCCCGGGCCCCAAGUUCUGCAAAGCCGGCCCUCUCCACCACUACCCGGCCCCCUCCCCCGAGGGCAGCAACCCUCCGGCGACCGGCGGCGGCGGCGGCGGCACCAAGCCGUCCACGGACUUUCACAACCUGGCCCGGGAGCUGGAGAACUCCGGCGGCGGCGGCAGCUGCUCCCCGGUGCGGAGCCUGAGCAGCGGCAGCGGCGGCGGCGGCCACCAGGAGGCGGAGCUGAGUCCCGACGGCAGCGCCGCGAGCGGGGCCAAAGGGAAGAGGAAGUUCCCGGAGGAGGCGGCGGAGGGCGGCGGCGCGGGGCUGGUGGGGGGCCGCGUCCGCCUCGCCGAGCGGCCCCUGCCCGCCUCGCAGGAGGACCUGGUGUGCACGCCGCAGCAGUACCGCGCCGCGGGCAGCUACUUCGGCCUGGAGGACAGCGGGCGCCACUUCGCGCCGCCCAGCCCCGAGACGGGCGAGGCGAAGCGCAGCGCCUUCGUGGAGGUGAAGAAGGCGGCCCGCGCGGCCGGCCUGCAGGAGGAGGCCGCCGCCGACGGCGGGGCUCCAGCCGCCGACGACCAGGAUGCGGGCGGCGGCGGCGGCGGCUCCUCCACGCCGGUGGCCGCCUCGCCGGCCGGUGCGGAGAAGCUGCUGGUCCCGCGGCCCGGGGGCCCGCUGCCCGGCCGGCUGGAGGGCGGCAGCCCGGCGCGGGGCAGCGCCUUCACGUCGGUGCCGCAGCUGGGGGGCGGCGGCGGCGCGGGCGCGGGCGCGGCGGGCGGGGCGGGCGGCGGCCCGGGCGCGGCGGCGGACGAGCGCAAAAGUGCCUUCUCGCAGCCGGCGCGCUCCUUCUCGCAGCUGCCGCCGCUGGUGCUGGGCCAGAAGCUGAGCGCGCUGGAGCCGUGCCACCCCGGCGACGGGGUGGGCCCCGCCAGACUCUACCCCGCCGCCGCCGACCCCUUGGCCGUGAAGCUGCAGGGAGCCGCCGACCUGAACGCCGGCUGCGCGGCCCUGCCCGGCGGCGGCCUCCCCAAGCAGAGCCCCUUCCUCUACGCCACCGCCUUCUGGCCCAAGAGCUCGGCGGCCGCGGCGGCCGCGGGGCCCCUGCAGCUGCAGCUGCCGUCGGCGCUCACGCUGCUGCCGCCGUCCUUCACGUCGCUGUGCCUGCCCGCGCAGAACUGGUGCGCCAAGUGCAAUGCCUCCUUCCGCAUGACCUCCGACCUGGUGUACCACAUGAGGUCGCAUCACAAAAAGGAGUACGCCAUGGAGCCCCUGGUGAAGCGAAGGCGGGAGGAGAAACUCAAGUGCCCCAUUUGCAACGAGUCCUUCAGGGAGCGCCACCACCUCUCCAGGCACAUGACCUCCCAUAACUGACCUGGACGGGACCCCAGCUUUCCACGCGGCGCGUACACGCACAGUCAAGCCACCUGUGGGAGCAAGCACGCGAGGGCAUCCACCACCUCCUUGUGACCUGAAACAUUGCACCCAGGGCGACAGUCUCACACUCACUUUCUCUCUCUCUCUCUCUCUCUCUCUCUCUCUCUCUCUCUCUCUCUCUCACACACACACACACACACACACACACACACACACGUGCUCCUCCAGUCAUCUCAUUCAAAUGUUUACCUUCGACCUACACUACACACACACACACACACACACACACACACACACACACACACACACACGAGACAGGAUGGUGGAUUUUUGAUGGGUGGGUUGUUUGAGGGGUUUUCUUUUAAAUGCACGCAUUUUCACUUUCCCCAAAACGAAGAUACAUUUUUAAAAAUGUCAUAUAUUGCAACAUAUUGAUGCAUUUGUCAUACGUUUCUACUUAAAUUAUUAAGCACUUACAGUUUAGAUGUAAUAAUUAUAUGUAAGGGCAAAAUUUAUUUUAGAUAUAAAGUAAAGGAGGAGGGUGAGAUGCUUUCUGCAUUUACUGAUGAACGUUUGUGUUCUUAUAAAAAGGGGGUCACCAUUCCAUUUCCGUUUUCAGGGGGAAGCGCAUGUAUCAUGAAAUGAUUAUGGACUUCAAUGAAGAAUGUCAUCAUUAUGUAAAUAUGUAUUUCCUUUUAAUACAAAGUGUAACUUUUGUGCCAGUGAAA